UUUAUUUAUUUAGAUUAGCAUCCAAAAGUCUUAAAUUUUAUGGGUUUUGUUUUGGGUUUUAUCUUACUAUGUUUCUUGUUUGAUUCAGUAUGUUUUUCUUUUUUUAAAUUUGUUCUAUGGGUUUUGCCUGAAGGUGCAGAUUUGGUGACUUUUUGAAGAAAAAUAAAGUGGGUUUGUUGGAAAUCUGUGGUUUUUCUCUGAAAGACACCAGCUUGAAUUACUUUUAGUGCUUUUUAGCUUCUGGAUAUGGAUACCAGUGCUGGCCCGAGCUUGUUCCCUUUGCACCGCUGCAAAACUCUUCACUUGGUGAGGCAUGCUCAGGGGAUCCACAAUGUAGAUGGAGAUAAGAACUAUAAAGCAUACAUGUCUCCAGAAUAUUUUGAUGCACACAUUACCCCUCUUGGCUGGCAACAGGUGGAUAAUUUGCGUAAGCAUGUCCAUGAAUGUGGCCUUGCUAAGAGGAUUGAUUUGGUUAUUACAUCCCCUUUGCUAAGGACAUUGCAAACAGCUGUUGGGGUAUUUGGUGGUGAUGGUUAUACAGAUAGGAUGGAUGUAGUGCCACUUAUGGUGGCAAAUGCAGGAAAUAGUGGUCGUGCUGCAAUUUCAAGUCUAAACUGCCCACCGAUCGUUGCAGUAGAACUUUGCCGAGAACAUUUGGGAGUACAUCCUUGCGAUAAGAGGAGAAAUAUCAGUGACUAUCAAUUCCUUUUUCCUGCGGUUGAUUUCUCACUGAUAGAAAGUGACGAGGAUACAUGGUGGAAAGCUGAUGUUAGGGAGACAAAAGAGGAAGUUGCAGCCAGGGGGCAGAAGUUCCUGAACUGGUUGUGGACACGGAAAGAGAAGGAGAUAGCCAUUGUUACCCAUAGUGGGUUCUUGUUUCAUACAUUAAGUGCACUUGGAAAUGAUUGUCAUCCAUUGGUGAAGAAAGAGAUCUGCAAACACUUUGCAAAUUGCGAGCUUCGUUCCAUGGUCAUUGUUGAUAGAAGUAUGAUAGGAUUUGAUCCUUCAACAACCAAUUACCCUGGAAAGAUUCCAUCAGGAUUGGAUCUCCCAAGUGAUGUUGUCGAUGAGAAGGCUAACUAAAGGACCUGAUACAAAUUGUCCUCUGAACAUUAUGUUUCAUGCUUGUGAUUUAGCGCUGCCUAAACUCAUAAUUAGGUAUGGCUUAUGGUACUAUAUAUUCAUAUGGUGAUUUUGGCAUGUGGAUGAGGAAAUUCAACAUGGUAAUUGAUAUACAAAUAGAUUGUAAGAACUUUGUAAAGAACCGGUUGUUGGAAUUCCUUUGGUUUGCAAAGACUGAAGAAGUUACAGGUGCCUCAAA